AUGAUUCCUCGUAAUAUUAUGGACGAAGCGUCCAAAAACAAAACUGACCUUCCUCAACCAAAAGCUAAUAAUAAACUACAAGGACAGCAAGUGGCUGCGCUUUUGAGGGAUAAACAUGAUUACGAUUAUGAUAUUUUUGGAAGCACACGACAAGAUAUUAGUCGUUCUAAUAGUGCUCCGCCAACUCAAGUGGUAGAUCAGCUUGGUCGGUUUGAUCCUUCAGAACUAGAUAAUCCAUCACCUUCCGAUCCACGCUUAGAUCCUGACUAUCCGGCAUUUUAUUACAUGAAUUCUCGUCUUGAUCCUAGACUUCCUCCCCCUUUAUAUACUCCCGGUCAAUCUUGGCAAUUAUGGGCUGGUGGCGGUGGUUUGGGUGGUUUAAAUCAUAAAUCAAAUGGUGCUCAAGUUCCGAAACCUAAAGUUUUAGAAAAAUUCCGUGGCAUGGAUGCUGACGAUGACUUUUUACGCGAACAUCCAUUGGAUCAAAGUUUAGAACCGGAAUCCCAUUCAACAAUUGGUCAGCAAGAUUAUUCUAAUGAUCCUGGUACGCAUACUGGUCAAUAUGAACAAUUCGGUAAUCAGGGUGUUAGCAAUGCUGCGUCACUUUGGAGGUCUGAAUUAUCAUCUCCUCCACCUCAAGGUAUGAAUAACGAUCUGCACUCCCCGAACAAGAGAAAAAACCUCGUAAAGAUGAUUCAAGAGGAUUUUCCAAGGACGCCUUCUCCUCUUUAUUCGCACGCCCGCCAACGACAAGCUGCUCUAGCAGAAGCAACCUCUGCAGCAGCUGCUGAAUUGGGUAAUGACGCCUUUGAUGUUGACUUUCGUUCCGCCCUUGAGCUCGAAGAAUCUCUCAACCAUCCGAGCCAUUAUCAAAGUAGUUUGCGUGUCAAUCCUGGCGAUGAAAAUCAUGUUAAAUCUAUGAUUUCUGGUGUAGAAGAAUUUGAUCAUCGAAUAGGUUUUGGUAGAGGUGCUUCACCACCCCCUCUUCGUACAAAAUUCUCUCCUCCUCCUCGUGCUUCGUCAACGCCUCCGACUCAAAAUCAUUUUCGUAAUCAUAGCCUUAAUUUCUCUCAAGAAUUUCAUGGUGAUCUCUCCCAUUCUGAUCUCUUGUACAAUAUUAAAAACCUUGAAGGAACUAUGCAACAAUCGCAGUAUAAUUCGUUAUUUAAUGAUAAUUCUUCGUCCGGUGGUUAUUCUCAAUACGGUCUUGAAGAGACUAUGUUAAAUAGAAAUAUCCUUUCCUCUGACAUGACAUAUUCGCGUAAUGGUUCUUUAAGUCUAAGUUCUGGUCGAAAUUCUAUUGAUUACCAAAAAGCGCUUCAGCAACAACAACUUGGAUUAGGUGGUUCCGGUACCAUGGGUGUUAGUCGUGACCAAUUAUUAUCAUCUGAAUAUAAUUCUGGAAAAAGUAGUCCAUACUAUGGUUCUGGUCUUAAUUCUUCUGGUCUUAGCUCGGUGAGUGGUUUAGGUGGUACAACACUAAAUGCCCAAACUCGUGCUUCUCUAGCAGAAAAAAAUUUGCGAUUACAGUCGCAACAACUACAUCAUCAUUCUGCUGAAUAUUUGAAUGGUAUUGGUUAUGGCGGUAUUUCUAGUGGCCGUCGUAGUAAUGAUUUAAGUUCAAGUAUUUCUGAUCCUGGUCACGGUAUGCGAAGCGCUCUAUUAGAAGAAUUCAGGAAUAAUAAAAAUAAAAAAUACGAACUUAGAGACAUUGUCGGUAAUAUAGUAGAAUUCAGUGGUGAUCAACAUGGUUCAAGAUUUAUUCAACAAAAACUUGAAACCGCUAAUAGUGAAGAGAAACAGUUAGUUUUUGAUGAAAUUUUACCUAAUGCUCUUCAAUUGAUGACUGAUGUAUUUGGAAAUUAUGUAAUUCAAAAAUUCUUUGAACAUGGUAACCAAAUGCAAAAGACAAUAUUGGCAAAACAAAUGGAAGGUCAUGUCUUGUCUUUAGCUUUACAAAUGUACGGAUGUCGUGUUGUUCAAAAGGCACUUGAACAUGUUCUUACUGAGCAACAGGCUACUUUAGUCAAAGAGCUGGACGGUAAUGUGCUUAAAUGUGUCAAGGAUCAAAACGGAAAUCACGUCAUCCAAAAAGCUAUUGAACGUGUUCCUGCUGAACAUAUUCAGUUCAUCAUAAAUGCUUUCCAUGGGCAGGUCUAUAAUCUUGCGACGCAUCCAUACGGUUGUAGAGUAAUUCAGCGUAUGUUUGAACAUUGCACCGAUGAACAAACGAAGCCUCUGCUGGAGGAACUUCAUCGAUAUACACAAAAUUUAGUACAAGAUCAAUACGGAAAUUACGUUAUACAACACGUUCUGGAACGUGGAAAAGCUGCCGAUAAAUCAAUGGUUGUUGCUAAAGUUCGUGGUAAUGUUUUGCAAAUGUCCAAACACAAAUUUGCUAGCAACGUAGUUGAAAAAUGUGUUGCAUACGGUAGCAAACGUGAUCGUCAAUUAUUGAUUGAUGAAGAUCAAUACGCUAAUUAUGUGGUCCAAAAGAUGCUUGAUGUAGUUGAUGGUGAUCAACGAGAUCUCCUUGUCGCAAAAAUUAAACCUCAGCUGCAGUCAUUAAAGAAAUAUACGUACGGAAAACAUCUCAUUUCAAAAGUUGAAAAACUUAUGAUCCUCACAGAAAAUCAAAAGAAUCAAAACGGUGGUCUUGCUAAUGAUGGUAUUUCAGUCGAUGUUCUGACACCCACCAGUUCGCAUACUCCUCUCGGAACUUCUAAUAAUUCUCCUGUCAUGUCUUCACCGGCAAUUGGAUCUGAUACAAAUUUACAUACUGGUUCUGUUCACAUUUCUGAAUAA